CUGUCAGGAGCGGGCGGCCGGAGCCGGCGGGCUGAGGCGACGCGACCCCGGGGCGGGCAGCAUGGGGAACCGCGAGAUGGAGGAGCUGAUCCCGCUGGUGAACCGGCUGCAGGACGCCUUCUCGGCGCUGGGCCAGAGCUGCCUGCUGGAGCUGCCGCAGAUCGCCGUGGUGGGCGGCCAGAGCGCCGGCAAGAGCUCGGUGCUCGAGAACUUCGUGGGCAGGGACUUUCUUCCUCGAGGAUCAGGCAUUGUAACAAGACGACCUCUUGUGCUGCAGCUUGUUACUUCCAAAGCAGAAUAUGCUGAAUUUCUGCAUUGCAAAGGAAAAAAGUUUACAGACUUUGAUGAAGUUCGCCAUGAGAUUGAGGCAGAAACGGAUCGAGUGACUGGGGUGAAUAAAGGCAUCUCCCCCAUACCCAUCAACUUACGAGUGUACUCCCCACAUGUGUUAAAUCUAACACUCAUCGACCUACCUGGAAUAACUAAAGUGCCCGUGGGAGAUCAGCCACCGGAUAUCGAGUACCAGAUCAGAGAAAUGAUCAUGCAGUUCAUCACCAGGGAGAACUGCCUGGUUCUGGCUGUGACGCCAGCCAACACUGACCUGGCAAACUCAGACGCCCUGAAGCUGGCCAAAGAAGUUGAUCCUCAAGGUCUGAGAACCAUUGGCGUCAUCACCAAGUUGGAUCUCAUGGAUGAAGGAACAGACGCCAGGGAUGUCUUGGAGAACAAGCUGCUGCCUCUUCGUAGGGGUUAUGUGGGGGUGGUGAACAGAAGCCAGAAGGACAUCGACGGGAAGAAGGACAUUAAGGCAGCCAUGCUGGCAGAAAGGAAGUUCUUCCUUUCCCACCCUGCUUACAGACAUAUCGCUGAUCGCAUGGGGACGCCGCACCUGCAGAAGGUCCUGAAUCAGCAACUUACCAAUCACAUUCGAGAUACCCUGCCAAACUUCAGGAAUAAACUCCAGGGGCAGUUGCUCUCUAUAGAACACGAAGUAGAGGCCUACAAGAACUUCAAGCCUGAAGACCCCACCAGGAAGACCAAAGCGCUGCUGCAGAUGGUUCAGCAAUUUGCUGUGGACUUUGAGAAGAGAAUUGAAGGGUCGGGGGAUCAAGUUGAUACCCUGGAACUCUCAGGUGGUGCUAAAAUCAAUCGCAUUUUUCACGAACGCUUUCCUUUUGAGAUAGUAAAGAUGGAAUUCAAUGAGAAAGAAUUACGAAGAGAAAUAAGCUAUGCAAUCAAAAACAUACAUGGUAUCAGGACAGGGUUGUUUACUCCAGACAUGGCAUUUGAAGCAAUAGUGAAAAAGCAGAUUGUAAAGCUGAAAGGGCCUUCCUUGAAGAGUGUAGAUCUGGUCAUGCAAGAAUUAAUCAACACUGUGAAAAAGUGCACCAGAAAACUGGCAAACUUCCCCAGACUCUGUGAGGAAACAGAAAGGAUCGUUGCCAACCACAUUCGUGAGCGAGAGGGGAAGACGAAGGACCAGGUACUGUUACUGAUUGACAUUCAAGUUUCCUACAUCAACACCAACCAUGAAGACUUCAUAGGCUUUGCAAAUGCUCAGCAGAGGAGCAGUCAGGUUCACAAGAAAGCCACCAUUGGAAAUCAGGGAACCAAUCUUCCGCCUUCAAGGCAAAUUGUGAUUCGCAAGGGGUGGCUCACCAUCAGCAACAUCGGCAUCAUGAAAGGAGGCUCCAAGGGGUACUGGUUCGUUCUUACGGCAGAAAGCUUGUCCUGGUACAAAGACGAUGAGGAAAAAGAAAAGAAGUACAUGCUUCCCUUGGACAACCUGAAAGUUCGGGAUGUGGAAAAGAGCUUUAUGUCUAGCAAACACAUCUUUGCCCUCUUUAACACAGAGCAAAGGAAUGUAUACAAAGACUACCGCUUCCUUGAACUGGCGUGUGACUCACAGGAGGAUGUAGACAGCUGGAAGGCAUCGCUGCUGAGGGCUGGGGUCUAUCCUGAUAAAUCUCUCGCUGAAAAUGAUGAAAAUGGCCAAGCAGAAAAUUUUUCUAUGGACCCACAAUUGGAGAGGCAGGUGGAGACCAUCCGCAACCUCGUGGACUCCUACAUGUCGAUUAUCAACAAAUGCAUCCGAGACCUUAUUCCAAAAACGAUAAUGCACCUUAUGAUCAACAGCGUUAAAGAUUUCAUCAACUCGGAGCUGCUGGCACAGUUAUAUUCUUCGGAGGACCAAAAUACCCUGAUGGAAGAAUCUGCGGAGCAGGCUCAGCGCCGAGACGAGAUGCUGCGAAUGUACCAAGCCCUCAAAGAGGCCCUCGUGAUCAUCGGGGACAUCAACACGGCCACGGUGUCCACUCCUGCCCCCCCUCCAGUGGACGACUCCUGGCUGCAGCAUUCCCGCAGGUCUCCUCCUCCGAGUCCCACAAACCAAAGGAGGCCGACCCUCAGUGCACCCCUCACGAGACCCGCCUCCGGCCGAGGACCAGCUCCCGCCAUUCCUUCUCCAGGUCCACACUCUGGGGCACCUCCCGUCCCAUUCCGUCCGGGGCCGUUACCCCCUUUCCCCAACAGCAGCGACUCCUUCGGAGCGCCUCCGCAGGUUCCCUCGCGGCCCACGCGGGCCCCACCCAGUGUCCCAAGCCGGAGACCACCCCCAUCACCAACUCGUCCCACUAUAAUCCGUCCACUAGAAUCUUCCCUGUUAGACUAAAUGAAGUGUCUGGCAUGGCAAUUAAACCACUAAUUAUGCGCAAGCAACCUACCUGAUAACCGUUGCAGUAAGCCCUGAGUAGUCGCAUGUUGGACAUCAGUAGGCAGGUAACCAGCCUCUUCACCAAUGCAUUCAUUACUCAUCGCCAUGGCUCCCAGUCUCAGAUCUUUGGGGUUUGACCUCUUGAAAACUGGUGACCUUUCCAGGCUUUCCAAGUUGUAUUGACCAAGGUAGGUUUGUAUGGCAGCCCUGCACUUCUGAUUUGCCUACUCUGGCAUUCGAAAUUGCUUUGGACCAGUUUCCCAGGUUAGUUACCUGGUAGUUCAUUAAAUAAAACUGAACAGGUGUGAAAUGGUGAUCUUAAGACCUACGCAACAUGCACAUAUUUCUUUUCCCACAUUGUACUGAGGAUGGCAGGAUUCUGUGUUUGAAUGUAUAUUGCCACCUACGAAAUUAUUACCUGUGUAGCUCCUCUGACCCCUUAGUUCAGAAAACUUCUAGGAAAUGAAGUGUGUUUUUUGUUUUUUGGGUUUUUUUUUUGGUUAGAGGUAGAACUUUUCCAAAGCACAAGGUAGUCUGCAAAGGAGAAACCUACACUGCUUGCUUUAGAAAGCGCUCAGGCCAGUGCGCUUUGCUUCACGCCAGAAGCACGCCCAGCAGUGAUCCAAGCGUCAUUUUUGUCAGUCGGUCUGUAAAUUUGGCUCAUUAGUUUCAGAGUUCAGGGAAGAAGUGGGGGGUGGGGGGUGCAAACCUAUCUCCAGAACUGUCUGGAAAAGCAGAAGCUUUACUCAACUUUGACCUCACUCCUGGUGGGUUGUAGUGACAGACAAAUGAGAAAUAUUUGAUUUUUCCAGCUGAUCUGGGUUUUUUGACGUGACUAACAAUUCUUUGACACUAACUCCAGUUUAGUAGUAGUACUACUAGUAUUGUCAUCAGUUUGGUUGAAGCAAAAACAUUGUAUUCCCUGAGACUUAGUAAUUCCCUUCUAUUCUUUACUUAGAAAGAAUGAUGUAAGCGUACAUUUCGGCCAGUCUUAUGUGAGGAGUCCUUGAUCCUUCUUGAGGCUUACUGCAAGCUAAGCACAUAAACAAUGGGGCCUUCCCUGGAAGAAGUGUCAGUGAGGCUCCGAACCAGUGGCGUUCUGUCAGAGUCCCUGCGAGAUCACGCCACAAAAUGGCGUUGAAACGUUGGAAUCCUAAGUAAAUGCUCCAUUUUCCAAGACUUCUAAAAUUUACAAGAGUGGUUUAGCCAAGGGGUCAAGAGUUCAUUCUUAAAGCUAAGUUUUGAACUCCCUAGGACCGAAUGAUUAACAUGUAGGAAACAGCCAGGAGCCAGUUGGAAUUCUGUCUGCUAACUGUUCCCAGACAGCAGAGCGAGUGUUCACUGAACCCCUAGGACACUAGUUCGUAUUCUGCAGAAGUAAAUCCGGUAUUACCAACUGAAGUGUCUCCCUCUGAAAACAGCAAACAUGAUUUGUGUAGUUUAUACUCACAGCAGACACCCAUAAAGUAUGAAGUAAAAAAACAAAAAAGAAACCUCUUAGCCAUUAUUAAAAAGAAAACUUGCCAAGUUGAAUGAACUGUGUUGAAUUGGUUCUGAAGGCUUAUAGCCAGCCCACUCCUGAUUGGCAAAACUCAGUGAAUACCAGAGUUAUUAAAAUGACAUUUCAACUUUCACGUUAUGAGUGAUUGUAGAAAAAAAAUCAGCACCGUAAGUUCUCUCAAAUCUUAUUUCUCAUUGCAAAUAAAUGAAUUCUUUGUUGAUAGGACCGGUGGACGAGCCGUGUGGUGUGCUUUAAAAACAGUGUCUCGGCUAAAUGGGAAAAUAUUAAGUAAACAGCUUUGGCAAAACAGAUAAUCUACAGUUAGAUAUUUUCAUAAAAUUCCCCCUUUUCUUCUCCCUUUGAAUUCUCUAAAAUAGGCAGCUAACAGAUUAUAUACUUCAGGGUUUGGCUUUGUGCUAAAUGUGGUUUUGUAUUUUGCUGUAUUUCAAAAAUUUUCUUCUGUUAAAGGAAAAUAUUCUGGAUAACCACUGGUGUGUUCUCGGACCAGCAUAAACCAUGUCAGAGACGAUGGAGGCUUUCUGUCCACAUUUCCUUCCACUGAUCUUAGGCAGCCAUAAACAGUGGCAUUUGUCAUCUUUGGCUUUGGCUUUUGCUUUUAGAUUACAGUCCCACAGUUGUGCUGUCCCAAUUGUCUCCCUUUGUGGGUAUGUUUUUGGUCUCUUUUGCUCCUAAAUUAUGUCUGAUGGAACCCAACCACCGCUAGAAUUUCAUCAGUCACAUUGGAGAAUAUCCACAGCAUACUCCCGGGGCUUGCGUCCUGCUGAAGGGAGAUGCCAAUGAGAAUGAAGUCUGAAGCUCUGGCAUGUGCAUGGCUUGAGGUGCAGUAAGCUCAUCAGGCCUUAAGAUGGGAAACGGCAUAAUGAGCUCCACUUCUGGCCUGUUCUGUGACUUUCUCUUGGCUAAUCACUCUGAUGUUGCCAACACAACAGCUAUAACUCCAUCCUAUGUAGCGUAAAAAAAAAAAAAGAACCAAGUAUUUUUAGGACUUGGAACAAGAAACUGUAUAUGUUUAUUUGGUAGGUAAGUCUAGUUUUAUUGUCACAUGCUAAAUCUUGCAUGCAUAUUGACUAAUUGGAAUAAACAUUUACUCAACUGUGGGCAGAUUAUUGAAAAAGUAUUGAUCUAGAAGAUAUAAUGC